AUGGCUAUUGCUUUAUUCAUUGGAUACCGGGCAAUGAUAAAUAAUGAAACGCCAGUUGCAUGUAUUUUAGUUUCCAGACGUACAAAUGAAAUCUUGAGUAUAGGAUAUAAUGAUACGAACCGUUCGCUCAAUGGUACAAGACAUGCUGAAUUCAUAGCUAUCGAUAAGGUGAUGAGUAAAAUUCCUGAGCAAGAUAGGUCUAAUCUUUCAAAGAUUCAGGCAUGGUUUGGAGAUGUGAUAUUGUAUGUGACAGUAGAACCUUGCAUAAUGUGUGCAUCGGCAUUGAAACAGAUAGGUAUCGGUUAUGUGGUUUAUGGGUGUGGAAACGAUAGAUUUGGAGGCAAUGGGACGAUUUUGAAUAUUCAUCAAGAUAAAAUCAAUAGGCCGUAUCAAAGUUAUGGAGGAGUCUUGAGAACAGAGGCUGUCCAAUUAUUAAGAAACUUUUACAUUCAAGAGAAUGAUUCGGCACCGAAUCCCAAAAUUAAAAAGAAUAAAGAGCUUGAGAACAAGGAAUAUCCUCCUAAUCUAGACUUCAAAGGAUAUUUAUCACCAGAAGAGUUCGUUGAAUUCUUUGGAGAGGAAAGGUAUUCUGCAUUAUAUAAUAACAGGGACCGUGAAAUAACACCUCUCAUAAACCGUGGGUAUAAACUAAAAGAUGUUCUUACCAUAGAAGACCUUCUUGAAAUCACUGAGUUGAAAGAAAUGUACCAAAAGAAGGACUUUCGGGAUGAACUUGAAGAUGACUUGCAAAAUUUUUACGGAUUGUUCUACGAUAUUAAUGACGAAGGAAAAGUAGAAUUCAAUAAGAUAAUAACUCAAAUUGACCAAAUUGGCCAGACUGAACCGGUUAACCAAGUUGAUCAAGUCGACGGUCCCACUACCGACCUAGAAUGCAAGAAAAGGAAAUUGAACAGUUGA